CCCGCCCCGGUGACCCGCCGUCCCGGGCAUUGUUUCCUCCCCGCCCCGGUCGCGGGUGGGAGGCGAGGCACGCCGGGGUUCGGCAGGCUGGCGCCCCGCCAGGCCUGUGGCCUUCGGCCCCGGGGCCAGGGGACGGCCGCGCCCGGAGGCGGAGGGGAGCGCGCCUGGGUCCGCCGCGGCUCGGCCAUGGGCUCCCGCAGCUCGCGCGCCGCGACGAUUCCCGACGUGGACGACAUCCGGCGGGAGACGGGCUUCUCGCAGGCCAGCCUGCUCCGCCUCUACCACCGCUUUCGGGCCCUGGACAGCAACAAGAAGGGCUACCUGAGCCGCGUGGACCUGCAGCAGAUUGGGGCGCUGGCUGUGAACCCCCUGGGGGACCGCAUCAUCGACAGCUUCUUCCGCGAUGGGAAUCUGAAAGUGGAUUUCCGGGACUUCGCCCGCGUCCUUGCUCAUUUCCGACCUGUGGACGAGGAGAGCUCGGGGGCCCGCGACCCGGAGCAGCCCGAACCCCUCAACAGCAGAACCAACAAACUUCGCUUCGCAUUUCAGCUCUAUGACCAGGACAGAGAUGGAAAGAUCUCCAAACAUGAGAUGCUGCAGGUGCUCCGGCUGAUGGUCGGGGUGCAGGUGACGGAGGAGCAGUUGGAGAGUAUCACCGACCGCACGGUCCAGGAGGCUGAUGAGGAUGGAGAUGGGGCUGUGUCCUUCCUGGAGUUCACCAAGUCGUUAGAGAAGAUGAACAUUGAGCAGAAAAUGAGCAUCCGGAUCCUGAAGUGACCCCCACUUCGUGCCUUUUGCUGCUCAGACCAGUUCUUCUUGGGAUCCAUCCUCGGCUCCUGUGGAGACAGGGACC